CGGACCUUGCCGCCCACGGCCACUCUUUGUCCUCAAGCGCGCUGUCUGUUCAUCAUGGGGGUAAUGACGGCUGCAGCCAUGGUGGCCUUGGCCAACAAGGGGAAGAAUCCCUCUACUUCUCGUGAUCCGACCACCAAGUUUGGACGCCAGCAGCAGAAUGAUCAGCGACGCCAACGGCGUGUUUCGCGUGACGAUGCAUCCUCAUCCUCCUCUCCCCAAUCCCGUUCCCCUGCCCCCGUUGCCGCGAAGAUAGAGCCUAAAGAUGAGCCCAUGACAGACGCUACAUCUCAGCUCACAUAUCAGGAUUUCCCCUUGUGGUCCACUGCGCCUGACGGACAUUCGUACAAUACUCUGCGUUUCAAAGCGCCUAAUAAUACUCUUGCUAUCGAUAUUAAACAGUUUCCGGCGCCUAUCAAGCUGAAUAGAAAACAUCCGAGAGUCAGACAUGGCGAUGGCAUCGGUGUUGGUCUGAAUGCUUCAGAUAUUAAGUGGAGACCUCUUAAAGGGGCUGAUGGUCGCGACGUCAUUGGAAAGGAUGGGAAAGUUGUUUUGGCUGCAACCAUAGAUGGUAGAGAGAUUACGCAGGCUCAAUACGAGAAGCUAAAAACUGGGACGACGACGAAGAAGGAAGGCGACGGUGACCCUCCGAAGAAGAAGAGUGCGGCGUUUAAGAAGAAAACCCGUCAAGUUUUCACUGCUUCCGAUGCCAUUCGUCAACUCCGCCGUGAGGAGCGAUUCCCAUGGUUGCUGGAACCGAGCGGUGCUGAUAUACCCGACACCUGGGUUGGCAAGAUGACCGACCAGAACGAAGAUGGCAUUUAUGCGUUAUUUGUCGCAGGUCCGGCUGGAGGUUUUUCGUUCGUUCCCGUUAAACGCUGCUAUGACUUUGUGAAAUCCAGCACUCAUGCUGCAACGAUGACAUCUGAAGAAGCGGAGGCAAAGUACCAGAAAUCACUGAAACGCAACAGCCUCGCAGUUCAGUUCACCUCACGCGCAGGUGGUAGCAUGUCUGCUGCCACAUUGGCAACACUGGGUGUGCAGGAUGCACAACACCGACACACUUCUCGAGUGAAGAAGGAAGAGGAUGACGUUGGAGACAGGCUCUUUGACGAUGAUGACAACAGAAAACAAGAUGCGGCAUACGAGGAGAUGGAUUUCGAAGAGGAGCAUGCGGACGAUGAGGAUACGAUGAACCCUGAAGAUGUCGACGAUGAUGAGACCAAAGAAGCGAAGGACAAAAUCAAACGUGAACAUGUGGCUGCAAAUAGGACUAUUGACGGUCACGUUGACGAUGCCUCAGACAAUGAAGCAGGUGGCUUGACGCGUGAAGGUCGGAAAAUGAAGCGGACCCUGGGCCGACUAGAUAAGAACUUUGGAAGCGAUGAUGAUGAUGACGAAGAGAAGAAUCCUUAUGCUUCAUCAGAGGAUGAAGAAGAUGAGGAGGACAUCUUGUUCGGAACUGCGGAGAACUCAAAGCAAGAACAAUCUAACCCAUCUCCUCGUGCAACGCCGAGACCUUCCAAGUCUAGCUCCGGACAGUCUACUCCCGUCAAGUCUGCCCUUAAACCCGGGUCAAUUCACAGUUCACGUGGCGCCAGCCCGGCGGCCACUUCAUCAACCUUAUCUGGUGCGGCCCACGUUGCCAAACGCGCUGUCAGUUCGCCGAAGAAGUCUGCUAGUCGUGCAGGAUCGCCAAUAGGAAACACUUCCCGCGCUGGGAGCCCCCUUGCUGGUGAUUCUCCCAGUCGUGCCGGCAGUCCAGUACGAGAUGCUGGACGAACAAGCACUCCCGCAAAUGCAGCCGCAACUUCAUCACGCGCUACAAGUUCAAUUCAAAGUCAACCUCGCCCUACUCUCAGUCCAAAUCCCCGUCCCACCCCAAGUGCACCACCAUCUAACCCUGUCAAGAAACGAAAAGCACCGGAAGAUGGGGGCCCACCCGCAGCCAAAUCUGACACUAUAUCUACUAAGAAGCCGAAGAAAGAGGCCAGGGCACCCUUCGAUGGUAUGCUCACCGAUGGGCCCGUCAUUGAGUUCCUUCGCCAGCAUCCUUCUGGAGUCGCCUCCAAGGAAAUUGUCAAUCACUUUAAUGAAUGGUUGACAAAGGACGAACGGAACAAGACGGUACUCACUGAGAUCGUCAAGCGGGUCGGUAAAUACGAGAAGAUUGACGGAGCAUAUGUAGUUACCCUCAAAGCCACUUAAUUUUUUUUAAAUUGUUUCGACACUCAUUGACCCAACCACAUGUACAACUUAUUUGUCCCCACAAUCCAUCGUGAUUUUGACUAUCCCCUUAUCUCUGUUACAGUGCUGACAAUGUCGAAUGCUGAGUUAUCGAUAAUGAAUAUUCCCG